CCUGACGUUAACAUAACCUUAAAAUCAACAAAACAAACUAAACUUAGUUCAUUCCAAAAUAAUGUAUCUGAAAGUAUUUAAUUUUUCAUAAUUUUAUGAAAAAUUAUAUUUUUAUUCAGUAAAAAAUAAAUAAUCAUGGCUCCUCUCACAGAUUUAGUAUUGUGUAGUAUAUUAGAAAGAGAUUGUAAUAACGAUAAUUUAUGGACAUGGAGUUAUCCAUAUAUGAUUGAAGAUGAAAAACCAUUAAUAUUAAGAAAAUAUAGUUAUCUAUCAGAGCAUAAUAAUACUCAUUCAUUUGCUUUUUCUAAACAUGGACAAUAUUGGUUUUAUAUUUAUAAUAAUGAUGCUUCAGAUACUGGAAAACUUUGCCGGGUAAAACAAUUUGCUAUCAUACUCUAUACCAAGGACUAUUAUCCUCAGAAGUAUGAAAUACUUUGUAAACUUUUUAGUAAAACUUAUAAUAAAAAUGGCAAUCCUGUUGACAUAUUGAAACUCUAUCUGAGUUCAUACACUAAAGGGUCAUUUGUGACAGAAGAUAAUGAGUCCUUUGCAACAGAUGAUUUUGAUGCCUUAUCUUUUGGUGCAAAUACAAAUGUUAAGGGAUUGAUAAAAGUUUUUGAAUUGGAAACAAUUUUAAUCUAUACAGCACUUUUGCUCAAAAAACGUAUUGUUGUUUAUCAUCACAGUUUAGAACAAUUAUUCAAAUGGAUCAAAACCUUCCCAGCUUUAAUGAAACAUCGAAAAAUAACUGAUCAUUUGUUUCCUUGGGUAGAUUUAAUACAAGAUGAAAUUCUUGAAUUAAAGAAACAUUCAUUUUAUGUAGCAGGUUGUAAAGAUGGUUUAAUAUCUUCAAGACCGGAAUUAUAUGAUCUCUUGGUAAAUCUUCCAGCGAGAGAAAUUAUUGUACCCAAUCAUACAAAAGAAAGUUUUAUAAUGACUAAAACGCACAAAGAAAUUGCAAUGUUUAUGGUCCAGCUGUGUGAAAAUCAAUCGUUAACAGAGAUGCAAGUUAUAUCUGAAAUUGCAGACAAAACUCAAGAUUUGUUAAAUCAAUUAACAACUUUGGCUACUGUAGAAAUUUCUAAAGGAGAAAAGAAGGUUCCUGUUCAAUCAAUCAGAGAGAAAAAUCUUACUCCAGCAAUUGAAAACUUUUUGAUUAAUCUUGCUGUUGUUGAAAACUUAUUGAUAAUUUACUCGCUUAGGUUCAUUGUUCGACGUUCAAAAGAAAAGGGUUCUUUACGAAAGAUUUUGCGAAUAUUUCAAGGUAUCGCGGAUCAACAUACCAGCUUGCGAGAAAUCAACACAAUGGGGGACAUUGAUGUUGCUGACGCAUUUGGCUGUAGCAGGAACAGCGUUGCACCAAUGAAUCAAAUUCGCUCAGCUCCAACUGAACGCUAUGCUACUCAUUACAACAUGAACCAUGGCAAGCGUGGUCUAGCAAUAAUAUUCAAUCAUGAAUUUUUCAAUAUCAGUCAUUUGAAACCACGUCAUGGUACAAAUGUUGAUUGCGAAAACCUUGCCAAUACCCUCAGAGUUCUAGGAUUUGAAGUUAAUGAUUUUCACAAUUCAAAUCACAAGGAUAUUGCCAAGUAUUUGGAAACAGUAGCAGAGAUGGACCACUCUCAACAUGAUUGUCUUAUUGUCGCUGUACUAAGUCAUGGAGAACUUGGACUAUUGUAUGCCCAUGAUACUCCAUACAAAGCUGAAGCAAUCUGGUCAUACUUUACAUCAGACAAAUGUCCAUCUCUUGCCGGUAAACCGAAACUCUUCUUCAUACAAGCUUGCCAAGGUGAUAAACUUGAUAGUGGUAUCACCAUGAAAGAGCGAACCGAGACUGAUGGCCAACCCACUGUUACAUUCCGCAUUCCAUCACACGCUGACUUUUUGAUUGCAUACUCUACAAUACCAGGCUUUUAUUCUUGGAGGAAUACAACUCGUGGUUCAUGGUUCAUGCAAGCCCUAUGUAUUGAGCUUCGAGAGAACGGUACUCGUUAUGAUUUAUUAACUUUACUUACAUUUGUUUGCCAACGUGUUGCUAUAGAUUUUGAAUCAAACACACCUGAUAAUAUUACUAUGCAUCAACAAAAACAGAUACCUUGCAUCACUUCGAUGUUGACCCGUCUUGUUAAAUUUCCUCCAGUUAGUAAUGGAGCAUAAUUACUAUAUAGGUAGGACAUUCAAACUUCAAAAUAUUUACUUGAUUGGUAAACUAUAGCACUUAAAUAUUAAUACUACAAUAUGAAAAUAUUACGUUUAUUCAAAAAUUCAUCUUUCUUCAUUCGUAUAUAAAUAUUCUGUGAUAUUGAUGAAUCACUUUUCAAAAUUAUAAACUGUUAUAAUAUUAACAAUGCCAUAAUGCAAUAUUACGUCAUUGAAAAACAGAAUAACUCCAUCCACUCUUGAAUGUGAUGAAUUUGAAAUUUUUAUUUAUAUUUGUUUGAGUAAUCAAGUAUUAUAAAUAAUUUUGCAAAAACUUGUGAUAAUGUCAGUGGAAUUUUUUUAGACAAGUAUAUUGAAAUAUUGUGCUAUAGUGAUUAUUUAUUGAGAAGUUGAAUUGGUUCAAGCCAAAUUAUAAAAACAGAGAGUAAUCAAUGUGUUACCAUUGCUAUGGUAGUUGAAAAAAUAUGCCACUACUACCCUUUGUAUUAUAACUAAUUAUAUGUGAAAAUGAAAUUAAGUCAUUUGGGUUGCAAUGCUUGAGUACUUGUCAAUCAUUUAUCAUUAUGCAUUUAAUUAAAUGAAAAAAAUGUAAAUGUAAGAGAUCUUUGCAUUUAUAUGCUUGCAAUUGAUUAAUUUUCAACAGUGUUUUUGUAUUGUACUUUUUCAUAAGGCUAAUUUUUAUUACAAAAGAAUUUAAUUUUUUAUACAAGAUUUAUCAUUUUACUAUGUAGCAUUUUGUACCAUUACUCAAUUUUGUUAACAAAAAUUGUAUUUGGCAUGCAAUAUUCAAACUUUAACAUGUUGAGAACAUAUUGAAAGCAGCCUUUAUAAUACAUAGCUGUAUGGGUUGUAUUUGGUUUAUUGUACACAUUUAAAUUACCAACAAAGAUAGAUUAAGCAUUUAUCUUUGUUGAUGUUACAUACAGCGUGUUAUGUAAUAUUAUUGUGAAACUUGCAGGUACAAUGAAUUCAGAUAUUGUGAUAUAAGCAUUUUUAAACAUUUUUUCAUGUACACAAAUCGUGUCUAUGUCAAAUCAUGACGUAAUUACUAAGAAUGCUAUUGUGCCUAAAAAAACUUUUUUAUUUGAUUGAUGUCAAAUACUCCUAGCCACAUAAGAACAAAAACAUGGUCUUUCACUCUUUGUAGCAUUUUUGACUUUUAUAUGUAUUGUGUAGGUAUAAAAAGUUCAAACUCGAAAUAUGUCGAAUAUAUAUAUUCUAAAUAAUAAUAUAAUCUAUUCUAUUCUAUAUAUGCAUUUAUAUAUACAUACACACACAAAAUUAUUUGUACUAAAAAUCGAGACAAAUAAAUUUAAUAAAUUCAGUAAA